GAAGUUCUUGUGUACACAUAAAUAAAGCAGAACAUCUGUAAUUCAAGCAAGCUCGAAAUAUCAGCGCCAUUGUUUCGAUAGCGGCGUAACACCGGUCAAGAUUUUAUUAAAUCUCAGGAAGGAGUGAAAGAAUAACAAGUUGGGACGAUGGAAGCUAUGGAUAUCCAGGCAGUAGAAUCAAAAUUGAGUGACGUCACAGUAACAGCUAUUCCAAUGAAUGGAAAAAGCACGCACAAAGAGUUGGGUCACACUGGAAACAGUCAUGCAACGAUAUCAACAGUACCCUCGUCGUCACCUUCUUCAGUUGGUAAAGACAAGGAUAACAGCAUGUCAAAUCAAAUGGUGUCAUGGAGCACAAAACACCGGUGGCACACGGGCUACAGCGCGGACUCGGUGGAGUGGUGCCCUGUUGAGCCCUUCACGGAUGUCUUGGUCUGUGGUACAUACCAGCUAGAUAAGAGCGAUGAAGACCAAAACGUUGUAAAACAAAAGAGACUGGGUAGAUCUUACUUAUUUAAAAUUAAUAAAAAUACCCCAGAACUAUGUCCCGUUCAGAGCAUAGACACAUCUGGUAUAUUAGACCAAAAAUGGUGUUAUCAUCGCAUCAACGACUGCCCUGUGCUUGGCAUCGUGACGUCAGAGGGUUGCCUCCAGCUUUAUAAAUUAGAAGACAACGAUGGAACAUUAAAUUUGAAUCUUUGGCUGGAAACUUCGAUUGGUGAAAAUAUUUUAGCGCUCUCACUUGAUUGGUCGACGAAUAAAAUGACAGGUGUGAAGCCAUGUGUUGUUGUAAGUGACUCGGGCGGAAAUGUGACGGUUUGGCGGGUAGAUGGAAGCCUGGUGAAGAUAGGCGGUUGGAAAGCGCAUGAUUUUGAAGCCUGGAUCGGUGCUUUUAAUUAUUGGAAUGAGAACGUGCUGUAUUCAGGCGGUGAUGACUGCGUGUUCAAAUGUUACGAUUUGAGGUCUCCGGAUGCUGUGAUGAUGAACCGGUGUCACGAGGCCGGUGUGACGUCAGUGAGGUAUAACAUCGAUGUGGAACAUCAGCUGCUAACUGGGAGUUACGAUGAGAAAGUUCGACUAUGGGACGCAAGGCAACUAAAACGUUGCAUCAAUGAAACAGACGUAUGCGGCGGAGUGUGGCGACUAAAAUGGCAUCCAUACAAUAAUAAUUAUAUUUUAGCGGCCUGUAUGUACGGCGGCUUUCGGCUCCUCCGUUUAGAAGAAAAAAUAAAUAUUCUCUAUGAAUAUUUGGAACAUGAGAGUAUUGCGUAUGGCGCGGAUUGGCAAUUUGAUAACUCAUUAUCUAUGGUAGCUACAUGUUCGUUUUACGACUGUAAUAUGCAUAUAGGAGAAAUCGUUUUUGAUGAAUAGAUGCUUAGCAAUUUCAUAUUUAUCCCUUUUUGUACGGGAACCAUAUUUGCGUUUAAAUUUCAGACAAUUUAUAUGGAUUUAAGCUGGGCUGUGCUACCGUCUGUAUGAAACGUUUACAGUUAUAUGCACACAACUUAAAAAAUAAAAUUUGCGGCGCGUCCUCUUAAUUUAUGAUAUUGUGUAUAUUAUAUAUAAUGAAUAAGUGCAUAACUUUAUGAGGGUAUAAAAGCACAGAUAGCAAAAUUCGUCUUAACAUUAACUGAUUUUUUUUUACAACUUUUAUUUUAUUUUAUGUUUAUAGUCACUAAUCAUCUAAUCUUUGAUCAUCACUACAUAAGUAACCAAGUUAAGGUUUAAGUAAGAUUUGAUUAAUACUUUUUUACGGUAACUGUAUCUAGCUUAAAAUAAAAAUGCCAAAAUGGUUCGUUUUAAACAUGUUGUAUUUCAAUUUGCUUAUAAUGUCAUGAUAAAUAUAAUUUAUAACAAUUACAUACUUAAAGUAAUCAUUUGCCAUAAUUGUUAAAAAAAAAGUCUUACACCAUUUACAAUAUGAAGGCUUUGGGAGUAUCCGAUAUUGUUCGCGUCGACGAGUCGUCAA